CGCGAGAGUUGGCGGCCGGACGGACGGGAAAUUGGAGCCAAGAGCAGUGCGCAGCUCCGGCUGGGAAAUGGCGCUGAUGUUAAAGUAAAAGGAGCGGGAGAGUGAGCGAGGAGCAAAAGGCACAAAAGGAAAGGAAGGGAAAGCAAAGCACCGCACCGCACCCUCCGCGAGCGUCAGUCCAAACAACAGUCAGUCCGCCCGCGCUGCUGAAAGGGGCGAGCCGAUACACGGGGCCGGUGCCCUGGAUUAAUGACACGACCAGCAGCUUCACCCAGCCGGCGGUGGUGGUGGUGGCGGCGGUGCUGCUGUUGCAUCCGAUCGCAAACAGAGUGAAGUAUGUGUGAACUAACAGCACAAGUCACAAGUAGUUUACUACAGUUUCCAGAGGUGACCAUUGAAGCUCUUGGUGAUGAUGAGACAGCACAAGAUGUAGGACUAUAUGGGAAAAUUGCCACUGGCAGAAAUGGGUUGUCUUGGCUGGCUUGUGGUGCUCAUUUGGAGCUACUUAACUCGAUCACAGGUGAACGACUGUCUGCGUAUAGGUUUUGUGGAAUUGGAGAGCAGCCUCCCACCAUUCUGGCGGUCAAAGAAUUUUGUUGGUUGAAAAGAACUGGAUUAUUGAUUGGAUUAAAAGAAUCUGAAGGUAGCAUCCUCUGCCUUUAUGACCUCUCAGUUUCCAGAGUGGUUAAAGCAGUAUUCCUCCCUGGGAAGGUAACAGGCAUUGAGCCAAUUGUUAAUCAUGGAGGUGCCACAGCCAGUACACAGCGCUUGAAUCAAAGUCUCCGGUGGUUUUUUGGUAUAGUAGCUGUUGUAACUGACACUGGCCACGUUCUUCUUAUCGACCUGUGCCUGGAUGAUUUCUCGUGCAGUCAAAGUGAGCAGGAACCAGCAGACCUCGAAGUGGUCAAUGGAUCCCCUGCUGAAAUCCCACGUAUGAGGGAAAAUGUGAUGAGGGAAGGACGGCACCUCUGUUUCCAGUUGCAGAAUCCAUCGGGGAUAGCAGCCACUGCAGUGAGAUAUGUCCUCAGAACAAAUCAUCUUGUUGUUGGCUUUGCAAAUGGCUAUGUUCAACUCUGGAACUUGAAGACGCUGAAACAGGAAUAUUGCUCCCAGUUAGAAGGAGGGAAUGUGCCUGUCUAUGCAUUCACCUUUCAAGAACCUGAAAACGAUCCUAGGAAUUGCUGCUAUCUUUGGGCUGUGCAAUCUGCUCAAGAUGGUGAAGGAGAUGUGGUAAGCCUGCACCUGCUGCAGUUGGCAUUUGGUGACCGGAAGUGUUUAACUUCAGGACAGAUCCUCUAUGAGGGAUUGGAAUAUUGUGAAGAGCGUUAUACGCAAGAUCUUACCUAUGAAGUAUUAUCUUCAAGAACACGGAAUACCAAUGCUCGGCUGCUGGGCUGCCAGACUUUAGAGAAAUUUCGGAAUCAUGCUGAUAGAGAAGAAAGCGUGGCUGAGGCUACCUCGCCGGACACCAGUGUAUCUGUUUUCAGUUGGCAGGUGAAUACAUAUGGGCAACGCAAGCCAUCUACUUAUCUGGGCAUUUUUGACAUUAAUCGUUGGUAUCAUGCACAGAUGCCUGAUUCACUAAGAGCGGGUGAGAAGCUUGGUAACUGCCCGUAUUUUGCAUUAUGGUCCCUUGAUGCUGUGGUGAACAUGACCUUCCCAUAUUAUCUGCUGGAUGUCAUCGUACUUGAAAGAAGCCUUAGCCGGGGAGUUCCUCCUUCUUAUCCUCCACCAGAGCAAUUUUUUAAUCCUAGUACAUACAAUUUUGAUGCAACUUGUUUGCUAAAUACUGGACUUGUUCAUAUAACUGGUUCUGGUUUUCAAAAAGAGACAUUGAAUUAUUUGAAGAAAGUCGGCCCUUUUCUUAGUGAAGCUAUACCGGAUGGUUACAGUCGUUGCCUGAUGGCUGGGCUUUUGUCUCCAAGACUAGCAGAUGUACAGCCUUCUUGCCUGUCACAAGAGGAAAAGCUUGAAGCUAUUUUGUCAGCAGCUGUGGAAUCUAGUUCUUUGGGUUUAAUAACCGGAUGCAUCAAACAAUGGACGACAGAAGAACAACCCAGGUCAGCUGCCAGUCUGCGUUUUGUGCUUGAGUGGACCUGGAAAAAAAUAACUCGUACAAAAGAGGAACUGGACAACAUCUGUAUUUCACUUUUUGAUGGAUCGUGUCACUUCAUUGACUCACACACACUCCAGUCUCUACAGCACUGCCAGAUGUUACUUAGCAACCUCACCACCAUUGUUAGCUGUUUCCUUACAGAGGCCCAGGAAUUGACUGAGCGAGGACUGGUUGACUUAAUGAACAAACGUAUUGUUGGCACUCUGCUUUCACAAUAUGCUCAGAUUGUGCUAUGGUUCUGUCGAGCAGGUCUGCUUCCUGAGGGUUCAGAUGAUGCUGAUCUAUUGCAAUUAUCCAGGCCCAUCUACAAUUAUCCUGUAAUACAAAACUAUUAUACCAACAGGCGACACAAGCUGGAGCGUUUGUCGAAAGGCAAAUGGUGUUCAGACUGCCUGUUAAUUGAUGGGAUGGUAUCAGAGACUGGGGAUAACAUAGAACAAUUGUGGAAGAAGGAUGAAGGAGGGACAGGAAAAUAUCCACCAUCAACCCUUCAUGCACUUCUUGAUGUAUAUUUACUGGAGAAUGUAGAUGAGACGACAAAGCAUGCCAUUGCUAUUUACCUUCUGCUGGAUGUUCUUUCAUCUGCUCCUAACAAGAAUGAAUCUUCGAUUGAAUCCUUCCCACCAGCUUUUGCCAUACCUGUGGGGCUGGUGAACCUCAUCCAAGGAUUUUGGCUUUUGGAUCACAAUGAUCAUGAGAAUGGCUUGGAUCGUAUUUUGCAUCCAGCUACCAGCAGAUCACUAUCUUCAUGGCAGCAUGUCCGGAUCAUUCAGGCCUUGAUGUGCCAAGGAGAGUACAGGAAGGCUCUUCGAUACAUGCAGGCAAUGAAACCUUCAAUGACUAGUAGCAGUGAGGUAAAACUUCACCUCACUGUCCUGCUUUUUAACAGUUCGAUGGUGGAGGCUUGGCAUCUUCUGCGGCUAAAUGCUAACAGGAUAAAUGUGGAGGACCUGUUAAGGCAUAUGUACGAGUUGUGUCAGGAAAAUGGACUGAUGGAGGAGCUACUUAAACUGCCUUUUACCGGAACUGAACAGGACUGUUUGGAGAAGUUUUUGAAAAACAGUGGAAAUCUUCAAAACCAAGAAUUUCUCCUCGUACAUCACCUUCAACGUGCCAAUUAUGUACCUGCCUUGCAACUUAAUCAGUCAUUAAAAGCAAGUUUGAAUGAUCAUGAUCCUCAAAUUCGAGAGAGAACAGCUGCUAGAAAUUCCAUCCUCGAACAGUAUGGAAAAGUACUUCCAACUGUACAAAGAAAGCUAGCAACUGAACGCAUAAAACCUUACCAUUAUUUUGCAACAUUACGUGAAGUUAAGCGGCCCAAACCAUUAUCCACUGUGGCCAGGCAAUCUACUUCUGGAGGUGUGACCACUCGUGCAACAUUCAUAAAUUCAGUGCUUUCAAAGGUUAACGAAGUCUGGCUAAAGAAUAUGCAAGGAGCAACUCUAUCUCCUUUCAAUAGCCCUAGGUGUAGUGAACAAUCUUCAGUUGACCUGGUUCUCAAGUCUACUGAAGUGUGUGAUGCUUUUGUUGGAACACCAAUCAAAACAAGCUCAAGAAAACUUUCCAGAUUGUUGGAUUCUAUGCGUCAGCUAAAGAGCCACACAAUGUUGAAAGAAGAGCCCCCUCGUUGUGAACAAAUGAAGACUAAUUCUUCUUGGAUGACAAACAGUCCAUUACAAUCACGUGCUGUCAGAACUGGCCACCUUGGAUGCAUUUCAAAGGCAUCAGAACUAAAGCUUUUGCAGACACCACCUGUGGUGAAGAGAGCACGAGCAUUUACAGCAUCAGAACCCACUUUUGCAAGUUUUGCUCCUCAGUCCAUCUUGCGAUCUAACCUUCGCCCCACACCCAUGGCAUCACCAUGUGCCUCACCAAGUCGUUCUUCAACUCCGCCGCUUCGUGCUAAAGAGACCAAAAUUUGUUUUGUGAAAGAAAAACAAAGCAUUCGAUGGACUGGGGAUGCAGCUGCUGAUGAAUUACAACUGCCACCUUUAUCGAAACGGAUUCCACGCACACCAUCUAUUGAAUCAUGGCCUUCAACUCCAGAGAAUCUGGUUGCAAGUGAACUAUCCCCAGAUAAUGGGGUACUAUUUGAGAGAGUAGAAGUGGUUAAUCUUUCUGGCACUGACAAAGAUGCUAGUAAAGAAGAUGUUGAUAGUUCUGGAAGAACAGAAGACUGGUCCAUGGAAGAAUAUGUGGAUGCUGCUGAAUCCCUAGAUAGGGGGGACACAUCUAAGGAUAGGGAGAAAACUGUUUCAGUAGAUGAAUUGAUCUUUAACAAGGAGGAGAGAAUCAUAAGUUGUGAUCGUACUACUGUGGAUGCUGUGGACAGGGAUGUAACCAGUGACCAAGAUGUUGACAUUUCUCAAUCUAAAAAUGAAGAAGUGCUUAAAAAUGAAAAACUGUUUCAUGUGGAUAAUGAGCAGCACCCCUUUGAAUGUGAAGAAGUUUUGGAGAUUGACAAGAAUGAAAAUACUUCCCUAUUGGUAAAUGAUGCCACAGAAUUUAUGGGCUCGAGCAGUGAAGAAGCAGUUUUGCCAGCACAUAAUCUCAUAACUUCUGAUGAGGGUGAAACCAUGCAUCCAGAAACAUCUGAGGAACAAGUGCUGUCUCCGAUACCAGGGGAAAAGAAAGGAUUGGUACAGGAUGAAGACAGUUUGCUUCCAUCUACUUCAGACACGGAUCUUGACGAUGAGGGCAUUCCCAGAACAGAGUCAAGAAAUGAGAAAAAUGAAUCUGCAUUAUCAGGAUACAAGGAAAGCGAUGUUAAAAUGAUGGACGAUGUUGCUGAGUGUACACAGAAUGAGUCGCUUGCAAUUUUAAUUCCAGUAAAUACUCAGUUUUUGCAGAAUGUCAAUGAUGGACUUGAAGUUGAUGCCCCAGUUGAAGAGUUGUGCUCCACAGUUGCUAUAGAGCUGAAAGAGUAUGAACCAGUUGUAUUUGGAACAGUUUUACAUGCUGGAGAACGUGACAUUGGAUUUCCAGACCAAUCCAAUGACAAAGCAAGUGAGGUUGAAGGGGAUGAAGUUUGUGUUACAGAGUGCCAAAAUAUGCAAGAAAACAUGACUUUAAUAUUAAAAGAUGGCAAUAGAGAUGAAGCUGUGGAACAAUUAACAUUGACAGAGGUGAAGCAAAAGGCUGCUUUGUUUGAAAAUAGGAAGGCUGUUCUGUUUGAAUCAUUGGAAACUAAGAUUAGUGAAUCCAUUAACGAGAAUCCAGAAAAUUAUUCUUUUGAAAGUGAAGAAAAUCUCUGUACAAAGCAUAAUUAUUUUAUCCUAGAACCACUGGAAGAUGACCAUAAAGUUGCUGAUCCAUUGCCUUGUGUACCUGAUCCAAUUAAAGUAAACAUAACACAUAAUUUAACAGAAGUCCUCAAAGGAGGUGAGUUAACUGAUAAUUCAACAGAGGUGCCCAAAGGAGGUGAAUUAACAGAUAAUUCAACAGAGGUCUUCAAAGCAGGUGAAUCAAUAGAUAAUUCAACUGAGGUCCUCAAAGGAGGUCAGCCAACAGAUAAUUCAACGGAAGUCCUCGAAGGUCGACUGACGGAUAAUUCGAAAGAGGUCCUCAAAGAAGGACAACCAAUAGAUAAUUCAAAGGAGGUCCUUAAAGAAGGUCAACUAACAGAUAAUUCAACGGAGGUCCUCGAAGGUCAACCAACAGAUAACUCAACGGAGGUCCUCGAAGGUCAACCAACAGAUAACUCGACUGAAAUCCUCGAAGGUCAACCAACAGAUAACUCGUCUGAGGUCCUCGAAUGUCAACCAACAGAUAACUCAACUGAGGUCCUCGAAGGUCAACCAACAGAUAACUCAACUGAGGUCCUCGAAGGUCAACCAAUAGAUAACUCGACUGAGGUCCUCAAUGGAGGUCAGCCAAAUGAAGAAAAGAUGUCUGAAUUCAUCAAGUCACCUAUUCUGGUAGAUACUGGAAUAACGAAGAGAAAUGGCUUGCAUAAGAGAGAGUCAAUGGAGGAAACUGACGUGGAUGAGUCUGAGGAGCUUAAUAGAAAAGUUGUACAGAGUAAGCAAAUGGAAGCUGUGGUAAUGCCCAUUAGGUCCUUAAGAGGAAAAAGUAAAGUGGGUGAAAUUAGUUCCCUUGAUAAUGAGGAAUUGGUAUUAGUGGAAAUACAAAAAGUUAAACCUAAAAUUAAAAUACCUGUCACACCAAGGAGGAGUACAAGAAGAACGGUUACAGGGAUGGAUGAAAUUGUGAAAAAUAAUGUGGAAGAACAUAAAGGCAUACCACUGGAUCAAAAAACAGACUCUCUCCACACUACUACUACAAGGUCCACUAGGAAAUCUAACAUUAGUAGAACACAUGACGCAGAAGCCAAUAUGCCACAUCUUGUAAUGCUCCCUAUCUUGAGAUCGACGAGAAGAAGUGUUACAUUCAGAGCAGAUACAGAGCUCAUCUUGGACAGUUCUAUGAGAACGCCACUACAUCAGAAAGCAGAAGUCAUUUCUAUUUCUCAGCGUUCUUCCAGACAAAAAAGAAAGAAACUUUCUGAUGUUGGCGCUCUCCUCGACAACUCACUUUCAAAGUUGGAGAUUAAUGAGCACAUACCCGUGGUGCCUACACCCAUCAGACUUACAAGAAGUAGGGCCAAAGGUGCCCACCUUGUGGCACUAGAAAAUAUUGCUGAAUUAACUUCAAAUGUAGAGGUUACUUUGCCUGUUAAAUCUGAUAACACAAGAAGGAGGCAGCCUGUCACAAACAAAGAAACAAUAAAGCCUGUGGUCAAAGAUGAUAUUGUGGAUGACGGGCAAGAAGAACAGCUUACUGUGACUUUUACCCAUAAACCAACCAGGAGAAAAUCUGGUAAAGACUCGGAAUUACAUCCGAUAAUUUUAGCAGAAGAGGAUUCUUAUGCUUUCUCUCCUCCUCUCACUAGGUCAUCAAGAAAGUUAAAAGUUGAGAAACCUACAUUGCUGGAUUCUUCUGUGCAGCAGCCAGAGUUUCUUUUUUCAACUCCUCUUACAAGGUCCAGUAGAAGAACCAACAAAGCACACUUGCAGACAGUGAAAGAGAAGGAUUUGGAUAUUUUGGAGGAUGAUGUCCCUAAAAUAAAAGAGUUUAGAAAAGACGAAGUGGAGAAAAGUAAACAAGGGGAGAAAGUAUGUACCAGAAGUCGAACCACAAGACUUCGAAUGAAAAAGAGUCCCAGAGUAACCAAAAAGGCUUCAUGGUCAGCCCCACCAGUGGAAAUUAAAUUUCUCUCUCCUUUAGCAAGCCCAUUGGAUUCAUUGUCCGGUAAAAGAAAAGAAGCAGAGGAUGAUGCUGGGUCUGUGGAACAUAAGAUGACACUUCGUCAUAAGAGGAAAAAACUGAUCCCAAUGUUUAGAAAACCAGUCACACGCAGAAAAGUGAACCGGCCCUUAUAACAAGAUGUUUUACUGUUUUAUCGAUUUAAUACUUGGAUGCAGUUUAUAUAUAAGAGUUAUACAGUAUACAGAACUGUGUGAAUUUCUGAAGUUCAUCUAAUUUUCGGAAAAUAAUUUAUAUAAAUUAUUUUAACAUUUCAUGAACAAAUGGUCUGUAAGGGGAAUUGUAGCUCCAUGUGGAGUAUUGUAACUGCUUUUUUUGUUUUUAGGCAAAUGUUUUGCAUUUUAAUUUUGUAAUGAAUCUUCAUACAUUUUAUUAACGUAUAUAAAAUUAAAUGUAAAUAUUUUUGACAUUUUAGGGGAGUUAUAAAUAAAAUGUAUACUUGGCAAUUUGAUAUGUUUUUUUGCAUUUUUGUGAUGGAACAUUUUGCCAAUGGGGUAAAUGGUACAGUAUAUGCAGUUGUACAUCUAAAGUUUGUUUUUAUGAUUAUUUUAGACACAAGAUUGUCAAUAAUCUGAGGCACAGAUCAAAGUGGUUCUUAGCUAUCUUAAGCUGUCAUAUAUCAUUGUCUAGUCAUGAGAAUAGACUAUAAUUGGUAUAUAACGUUGUACACAAUCUCACUGCUAAAUAUGUGAAGGCAUUACCUCAUUGUAAGGAAUUGCCUCCAGUUUAGAAAGCUGUUUCAUGAUUCCGUUAAUACUUGUAUUUCAUAUCUGUGCUAUUUGGAUGGCAGAUAUUUUAUAACGUUUACAAUAUACACCCAACAGAAAUCAAUUAUUUCGGUUGGAUAUUGGAAAGAAGGAUCCCUGUGAGAGAAGAAGCAGGAGAUUCCAUCUUCAAUUAUUUUUAAGAGGGAUGGGAAAUAUUUUGUAUUGAGGAUAUUUUCUUUUCCCCUGCAAUCCAGCAUUUUCUGUUCAUUUAAGACAGCUAAGUGCCAACUUUUGAAAUCUCGCCCAGGUAUCUCGCUGAACUUUGUAACAUACUAAUUUUAUGUCACGUGAUGUUGCAUCACGGUAUUUACUUUUGUCACAAUGCUUGUAUCAUGUUUAUUUGGUUUCAUCAAGAUAUGCUUGCCGUGCUGCUACAAAUCACACAACAAACUGAGAUAGCUCAGCAAAUACUGGUAAGUCAGGCAAAUUUUAAAAAUAAAAAAAUUGCUGAAAUUUCUCUACA